AUGACUCCAGCCAUCUUUUUCCUGUGCAUUGGCUUCGUGGCCGCCCUGCAUAAUCACAGUGAGAGGAUCAGCAUCGCUCUGGGCCACGAUGCUACUUUCAUCCAGACGGGAGGUUCAGCACCAAUGGUUGCAGGGAGCAACGCUUCCGCCAGGUUCUUCCGACCCCAGGAUCCGAGUGUGAACAUCACAGCUGCGGCUUUGGGCAGCAGUGAGAAGACGGCUGUCCUGCAAGAGAAGCCCACGGUCCCUUUGAGAAAGCUGGGCUUGAUGUCCAUUGCGGGGCUCGUUGCUGGCUACUGGAUCACCGUGGUUGCCAGGGAGGGAUCGUCGCCUUCCAAGGACGGUCCCGGCACGGGGGAAGACAGGAGCCUUUGGUCUGCAACGCCAGAAGCUCUGCCGUGGAUGGUACUGUCCAUGGUCCUCUCCAUCUUCAACAAGUGGAUUUUUAUCCCGUCGGGGGCCGACUUCCCCUAUCCUCUCACGCUCUCCUGCUGCCACAUGUUCACGACGAGCCUUGUACUCCACAGCUUGCGCCUCUUCAAGCCGAGCCUUUUCCCUGGCAUGAGUGAAGGAUUGCGAAGCGACUGGCAGAUGUUUCGCGCCGUGGCUCUGGUAGGUGGCCUGCUGGCUGUGUCGGUGGUUCUGUCCAACUCCGCUGCCAUGCUGUUGUCUGUGGCCUUCAUUAACAUGCUCAAGGGUGGAAACUCGGUUUUUGCCUUGGCACUGGGUCUCGUCAUUGGCACGACCAGCUGGUCCACAGCUCUGCAGCUCGGUUGGCCCGUGCUGAUCAUCUCCAUCGGGGCCCGGGCCCUGAGCCCUUCGGCGACCUUGUCGUCCGUGGGCCGGGGGAUCAGCAGCGAUGUGUGCAUAUUGCAAAUUAUGUAUAUAUAUAUAUAUCUAUAUCUAUCUAUAUCUAUGUAUCUAUGUAUCUAUGUAUCUAUGUAUGUAUGUAUGUAUGUAUGUAUGUAUGUAUGUAUGUAUUUGUGUAUAUAUAUAUAUAUGCGCUCACCCCCCCCCCCUCCCCCCGCAUGA